GAAAGGUGUUUGACGCGGGUAUUGGAAAUUUGAAUUUUGAUUGUUGCAUAAAUCGGAUAGUGGAAUAUCGAGUCUGUGCAACAGGUUUGCCGGUGCCAGCUUGAGUGUAGCUCACCGACACUGUUGGCUGGAAUAGGGCAGUUUAACAGUAGGAAGUGAACGCGCGUAUCCAUAACCUCGGGAUAAUGCUGUUGAGAACUACCACCAAGUGCAAACUGAAAACUAGUGUCUUCAUAAAACAGUGCUAACGAGGGAGAAGUUUUCCAAUUAGAAAUUGGCAAACCGAGCUCCGGUUUGUGUGCUUCAUUUUCGAGUAAAUCAGCGAGAAAGUUAUCCCAAAAGAAGGCUACACAGAAAGAUCAACGCCGUCCUUUCUAGCAACGGUUGCCUUUCAAGUGUGCGAAUUCUUGCUUGCCACCACUCACCCUAGUUUACAUGACUGACUGUGCGGGACGGCAAGGUCCCCCCAAAGUCAACUACAACGUCGUCACCGUCGCCGUUUUCGUCUUCGUUUUCAUCUCCCCAGACGGCUGCUGGUGGAGCUGUGUCGAAUUUCGAACCGCCGCGGACACUAGAGUCGGAUAUCGACGCCAGCGGCAGCAUCUACUGCAACCAUCUGCUCUGCAAUCGAGUGCAUUCUUCAAGGAGAGUGUGACAUGAGCAGCAUCGUCAACGGCUGGAGAAAGUGAGCUACAUACCCACUCGCUACCUCCGCUACUAGCAAACGACAGUGUGUGAAACUCUUGGAAGCCAGUGUUUAUAAACUAUUAGUCUCGUUCCCCCGGUUUACGGCGCGACACGAUUAUCGAGAGCCCGGUGUGUUUGCAAGUGACUGUCGUCGUCUCGAGUGCCUCGGCGCCAUCCAGGAAGAUAUCCAGCGAAGAAGCAAAGAACAGCAGAGCACGUACCUCUACAGAGAAGGUCACAAUCCGGUUCGCGUGUGCGCGAAAGUAGGUCACCUGGAAACGGCAACCAUCUCCAUAACUGCGCUGGCUGGUGCAGCAUAGUUGAAAAAGCUGUGGCGACUCGUUCCAACCUCUAUGGAGUUUCAGCUAGACAGCGCAGAGUACUGCCAGGCACAACACAAAUAAACUAGACGCCCCCCGUCGUGGCACGCGCCCCAAUCGCCGUCGUCAUCGUCCAUAUCGCACACACAUCGUCGUCGUCGAGAUCGUCGUUCCCCAUCAUCGCCAAGUCAAGCCACAACCAAGUCAUCGCCGUCAACCGAAUUCCCGUCGCCGCCGUCCGUCGCUGUGUGGUUAGAGAAGGGUUUCCGGAGGCCAUCGAGAAAGAGGAGUGAUCCGUGUGAGGAACCGCGCCGUGUGUGCAGGAAAGAUUGCGAGUUGAGCCGUGCCCUACGCGUAAGGAGCUACUAACAUCGAGAAAGGAUAUCCCCGAGAGAAGUCGUCGUCUGUGUUCUGGAGACAAGAAGCAAGCAUCAAGAAAGUGGUUGUUAGGACAGAGUCAGUGCGUAGAGUGAAAGGAGUGAAACGUGGGAAAAUAGUGGAGUGCAGAAUUGACUAGCAGGCGGAGAGAAGAGAUCGCCAGUGAAGAGUGUUGUCAAAUUUCUUGUGUCAAUUUUUGGAACCCUAGCCCCCCUUAAGCUGGAACGGCGAGUUCAGAGCAAAUUAAGUUUCUUUACCAAAAGCUAACAAGCGAAUCCUGCGACAGAGAAUAUAAGACAGAAGAAGAACUUAGUGUCAAUUUAACCUACUUUCGAGAUCUUUUUUCUUUCUGUUGCUUUUCCCGUCUCUUCGAGGAGUGCAUACUUUGCUAAAGCUCGUCCACAUACUUUCUGGAUCUUUUAUUUCAACUCGUCGUCACUAUCGUCAUCAUACAAUCGACUCGUUUCGACUGAAGGAUACUGAUACGAAACCAAGCAGCUGGUAAUUGCAUCCAUUGACAACACAACUCGCUAGCAGUUCUGUGACUGAAGAAAUUGUGGAUUUAUUUCGAGAGCGAUAUAAGGAAACUGAGAGAUCCUACGAGGAGUCAUCAACCACAGAAACGGUACAUCAAAACAAUUGUUUCCAGGAAGCGCAUCUCAAAAUCAAGCAAAACCGUUGGACAACCAUCCAUCUGGGGACCGCCACCAGCAACGAAGUAAAGCGCGGAUAGAUAUUCAAUCGCAACCAUCUGAACACUAAAUUGUACGCAUCGAAUCGCAGCAUCAUCACCAUCCUCUAAUCGUCGUCGUCAUUGUCAUCAACAAAUUAUCGUUUAGCACACAUUAACCAAACUCAUUGGGAGAAUAAGUGAGGAUAACCCCGACAUUAGCAACGGUCGUUUGGUCCUAAAUUGUAAUUACUCCAAAUUGAACAUACAUACAGCACCGCACCGCGCCGCAGUCGCAUCAUUACCAACAGCAAGUGUGUGACCGGCUUGUUGUACUCCUAGGUCCAAGGGCACGCAAAGCCGAGCACCGACACGUCCGGGCUGAAUCAUCAUCUCCCAUCCACCGAACAAGUUGGGUUGUGGUGGUGGUGUUUUUCAAUUGUUUGCCCACGAGCAGCAGCAAACCGCGCGAUAAGGCAGCGCAACAGUGUCAUCAUCCCUGAGAUAUCCCGCGCGAGAGAAACGACGACGAAAAACCCGAGGGCAAUACGUCGUAGAAAGCCCGAUCGUCAAGAUCUGCGCCGCCUGAUUGUGCAUGGGCCACAGUGAAAGCGAAGCAAGAAGAAGAGGAAAAAAUCGAAAUAUUCUGUUAAUUUGUGAUAGUAGUUUACAUCAUAAUUGUUCGUUUUUUUAAGAACUUGAUUUUAAAAUAGAGCUGAAUCAAGCGGAAGAAGAGAAGGAAGCAAGAAUCCAUCUGAUCGUGCAAGAAGAGUCAACAAGUGAUUUUAUCUAUCGUAGGAAAAAGCUUAAGUGCAUCGAAGCAAGCCGUCGUAAUUGUCUCGAUUAGCAAGUGUUUCUAGUGUUCUUCUACCAAUACUACAACUACCUAGUGCUUCUACUUGAACGCCAGCGCCUACUGUUCGGUUUUCUUCAUUUAUUUUUCGUCUAAUCUACAACCGACGAGCGAGAACUACAAGGAAAACAAGGCAUCGGAAUUUCGCGUCCAAACACCCAAUUGCCAGACAGAAGACAGCAAAAAGAAAACUUCCUUCCUGAUCCACGAGCGGACACCGUUUAAUGACAACCGUCAUCAUGCGUCAGAAGGACAUCAGACCAGCGCCGGCCCGGAUCGAAUUCAAGGGCAUGAAGUUCCUGAUUACCGACCGUCCCGCGGACAACACCAUCCAGUGCUAUAUACAGGAACUUAAGAAACACAACGUCUCGGUGGUGGUGCGCGUAUGUGAACCCAGCUACAAAAUCGAAGAGCUCGCCAACCAGGGCAUCAUGGUGCGAGACCUCGCCUUCGAAGAUGGUACCUUCCCGCCACAGAACAUCGUCGAGGAGUGGUUCGAAAUUUUGAAACAGAAUUUCCUGUAUAGAUUCCAGGAAGACCCGGAGGCGUGCGUAGCGGUCCAUUGCGUGGCGGGGCUCGGCCGGGCGCCGGUUCUGGUGGCACUAGCGUUGAUCGAACUAGGACUUAAGUACGAGGCAGCUGUGGAAAUGAUUAGGGACAAACGGAGGGGUGCUAUCAAUGCCAAACAACUAUCAUACUUAGAAAAGUAUAAGCCCAAGUCACGACUAAAGCACAAAAAUGGUCACAAGAAUUCGUGCUGCGUGCAAUAAAACUAUCAAAAAUCCCACCA